AUAUAAAUGCAUUCUACUGGCUAGGCCUCCAUAUCCAAAUCUCCAGCAUAAAAUAAUCGCACUUGCUCGGAAUCUGCUUCAAUGGAUUCCUCCAAAGUUUUUAUCAGUCUUUUCACUCUUAUUAAAGUUAUAAUCUGUUUGUGCUCAAUCCAAGCUGUUUCUGCAUCACAGUCAAACCUUUUCCGAGAAUACAUUGGGGCAGAGUUCAAGAAUGUCAAAUUCUCUGAUGUACCAGUUUACUCCAAUGUCGACUUCCACUUCAUCCUCUCAUUCGCUAUCGAUUACGGUACCUCAUCUUCUCCAUCUCCAACCGAUGGAAACUUCAACGUGUUCUGGGACACGGAUAAUCUCAGCCCUGAUGAUGUCUCAGCAAUCAAAAGUCAGCAUCCUAAUGUGAAAGUAGCUCUAAGUUUAGGCGGUGCCACUAUUGGAGAUGGUCAGCACGUUUAUUUCCAACCUUCUUCGGUUGAUUCAUGGGUUUCCAAUGCUGUCUCCUCUCUCACAGACAUCAUCCAAAAGUACCAUCUGGAUGGAAUCGAUAUCGACUAUGAGCAGUUCCAUGCAGAUCCUGACACUUUCUCUCAAUGCAUCGGAAAACUUACAUCGACUCUCAAGAAAAAUGGUGUGAUUUCUUUUGCAUCAAUCGCCCCUUUUGAUGAUGAUGACGUUCAAAGCCAUUACCAAGCUCUCUGGAACAGCCAUGGCCAACUUAUUGAUUAUGUCAAUUUCCAGUUUUAUGCAUAUGCUCGGGGGACUACGGUCGAUCAGUUCAUGGACUACUUUGCUCAACAAAGACGUAACUAUAAUGGUGGGAAAAUCUUGGCCAGUUUUAUUAGUGAUGGAAGCGGUGGUUUAGCACCCCAAGAUGGAUUUUUUACAGCUUGUACCAGGCUCAGGAGUGAGGGACAACUUGGUGGGAUCUUUGUCUGGUGUGCUGAUGAUUCUAAGGCAGAAGAUUUCCAGUACGAGAAGCAAUCACAAGCACUCCUAGCAACCCCUCGUUAAAGUUGCCAUGGUCAAUAUUAGUAGUCUCCGCUGAUGUAUUGCCAGCAUAUUUGCGAUCGAGUUACCAUUCAAUAUGAGACUGCUGUGUGUACUUUUAAUUAUGGUUCAAUUAUUUUUGUUUCUCUCCUUUCUCAUUAUAAUAAAUCUAAGGAGAUUAUGUGCCUA